UAGACUUACUUGCACUCUGUGCUAGAUGGCCAUAUUGCAACUCACAAGGCAUAUUAAAUGAGGAAGCAGGGCAGUUAGUUCAGGUGGAUAACAGCACUGGUAGCUCUCCUCGACAAAUGACAUGAAUCUGUAUAUCUCUGCUGCUCAGCUGUGGGAGGAACUGAAGUCGAAUGAUCUUGCCAAAUAUGGAGCAGUUACUGCGGCCACAGCUAUUAGUUUGGUUUUGUUGAGAAAAUGGGUUGCGGGAGGAGUAUGCUACAGUCGCGUGAGACUGGAUGGGAGGACGGUGGUCAUCACUGGUGCCAACACUGGCAUUGGAAAAGAAACAGCACGGGACAUGGCUAAGAGAGGAGCACGAGUUGUGAUGGCAUGUCGAGACCUCACCAGGGCAGAGAAGGCUGCAGCACAGAUACGCCACUCCACAGGAAACGGCAACGUGGUGGUGCGGCACUUAGACUUGGCCUCUCUUUUCUCAGUUCGACAGUUUGUACAUGAAUACAUUGCCACAGAAGACCGACUGGACAUACUCAUCAACAAUGCUGGAGUGAUGAUGUGCCCCCACAGUCUCACAGAAGAUGGGUAUGAAACUCAGUUUGCUGUCAAUCAUUUGGGCCAUUUCCUACUGACUGUUUUGCUCCUCGAGAUGCUGAAGAAAUCUGCUCCUAGCCGUAUUGUCAAUGUGUGCAGCAUUGCUCACAAAGGAGGAAAGAUCCACUUUGAUGACCUCAGCUUCAACAAAACACCGUAUGAUUCUUUGGUCAGCUACAGGCAGAGCAAACUUGCCAACCUGCUCUUCACACGAGAGCUCUCACGGCGGAUCAAAGGUUCUGGAGUGACAGCAUAUGCCCUGCACCCUGGAGUGAUCCGCACUGAGCUGGGACGCUAUGUAGAGAUGCGUCACCCUAUAGUCAGUGCCCUGCUGUCUGCUCCUGCCCUCCUCCUGAUGAAGACCCCCAAGCAGGGAGCUCAGACCUCCAUCUACUGUGCCAUCACUGAGGGGCUGGAAAAUCACAGUGGUUGCUACUUUAGUGACUGCAAGCUAAAAGAACCAGCACCGGAGGCUAAAGAUGACCUUGCUGCCAUGAGACUAUGGGAUGUGAGUGCUAAGCUGGUGGGCUACAAAGAAGAGGACUGAUCCCAGGCAGCAUCCCAAAGCAGCAAUCUUCCACCACCAGUACAUGCCUACAGCAGAAUUACCAGAGCUCCUGCUGAACACCAGUCUGCUCUGUGCCUGCUUUAUUACUAUUUCCUUACAUGUUUUUAUUAUGACAGCUUUGUCAAAUUUUACAAAUAUCUAGAAAUGAACAAAAAUGAAGGAUUUUUUUCACAAAUCAUGUAGCUCAGUAUUACAACAUGGUAACCACUCAUUCUUAUAUCUAUGUGAUUAGUACUGAAGCCCAUUCUCACCAGGUUGAGGAGAAAAAAAAUAACCUGUGGCUUAUCCUCUGGUUUUUAUUCUUCUUAUUUUCUUCAGAUAAUGACAUA